AUGGAAGCAGGACUGCCAAGUGACAAUAAUGGGCCCCAGGUCCUGUCCGUUAUGUGGUCGCUGUUCUCUGUCGCGGCCUCGAUAGUGUGUAUACGGCUCUGGAUACGCAUCCACCUCACGAAGCAGUUCGGCUGGGAUGACGCCUUUAUAGUUCUGGCAGUGGUUUUCGGAUGCGUGAAUGUGGCCUUGCUCACCGUCGCCGUCUACUAUGGCCUGGGGCGCCGUCAGGCCUACCUUGACAAGAGCCAGGUUGAGCAGGUAUUCAGGUACACCUGGCUCUCACAGCCGUUCCACAUCAUGUGCAUAAACUGGGGAAAGGUCUCUGCUAUACUGCUGAUCAUCCGCAUCAUAGAGAGUGCAAAGCGCCAGGUGCGAUAUUUUUACGCAGCCAUUGUCUUCCUCACCAUCAUAAACACAGGCUGCGUGUGUAUCAUGGUCGGCCAAUGCCAACCCCCUGAUGCGUUUUGGAACCCAAGGCUCGGGGGCAAAUGCUGGAGCCCUAGCGUCCUGAAGAACUAUACCUUUCUACAAAGUGCUUGCUCCGCCGUCUCAGAUCUGUUCCUCGCAGCAUACCCCAUAUUUGUUGUCUCCAGGCUGCAGAUGCCACGGCGGGUCAAACUCGCUAUCACCAGCGUUCUCUUGCUGGGCUUAGUUGCUUUCGCUGGAGCUAUUAUCAAGGCCUCGUACCUCCCGCGGCUCACUGUCCGUGCAGACUACCCCUGGGCCACGGCCGACCUGGUCAUCUGGGCAGUGGUCGAGGAAUACCUAGUCCUCAUUGCCACCUGUGUACCCACACUCGGCCCGCUAAUCAAACAUAUCCGCCGAACAUCCACUUCCGAAAACACAGCAUCGACAUACACACGGUACCUCAAGAAGGUAAAAGGCCGGUUUAACUCUUCGCCAAAGACGACGCUUGGCACGGUGACAGCCGACAGUGUGUACCGCAAGGCGGCGCUGUGGAAGAACAGCAAGCUUUUGAACGGGUUAUACAGCAGCUCUCCGACGACAGGGCGAGACAGCUAUUUGCUGUCUGUGUAUGACAGUGGGGUUAAGCAACAGCAGCAGACUGAGGCGCACAGCAGCCAGGAAGCCAUAGUUGGGCCAUCAACAUCAGAGGCGCAGCAGGGCGAGGCGAUUACCAAAGUGACAGAGGUGCAUAAGCAGGCCCACUAG